AUGUCUUACGAAGGCGACAAGAUCGGCGUCGACUUAGAGAAACACCCAAACGCCAAGCGGUUUGUCGAACGCUGUAAAGAGUUCAUCAACGAGGUUCAGAACCUCACCCCAGGACAUGAGCUCGAGGCCUAUCUGAACAAGAACUACGGACCAGGCAACGAGUUCUACGAGGACUUCUGCAGCUACAUUCGGCGUGCUGUGCGUGAGGACGAGGGUUGGGUUGCGACUAUUGAAAUGGACGGACCCAAAUACCGACGCAGCAAGGUGGCAUUGCCCAACGAAGAUACCAAGUACUUGAGCAUCACCACCGUGUACAUGGACAGCCAAGAGGAAUACUCUGGCCAAUAUCACCAACACCCUUACGGCGAGAUCAACUGUGUCAUCCAGUUCGAUGAGACCGCCGAACUCAAAGGCAUGCAGGGAUGGCAAGGUGCUGGCUGGACCUCUCCAGGUCCCGGGACGCACCACUACCCUCAGGUCCGAGGGGGCGCUCUCGUUGCUUUGUUCUUCCUCCCUGCUGGACGGAUUUCGUACAGCGCAAACGAAGCAGAUCCACAACCACCGUAUCUCUAA